UACACGUCACGUCUGCCGAAUCGUCUUCGUCGACUGUUAUAAGCUGUUGCUGCCUGCUGUACGAAGGGCGUCUCGGGGGUGGCUCUCGACCCUUUUCUUGCUUAUAAUGACAGUCACGCUUAUAAAAUGACUUUGAAAAGCUGAAGGCAGAUGCGCCGGGACAAGCGGUCAUGCUGUCGUCACUCGGGUUCUCUUUGUAAAGUGUUCUCUUCUCUUUUCCUAGAAGAUUUUAACAGUUUGUAGUCAUGUUCGCAGUCACCGAUACACAGAAGAUAGGCGUCGGAUUGGCCGGUUUUGGCAUAUUCUUCCUUUUCCUAGGCACCCUGCUCUUAUUUGAUAAAGGCCUGCUAGCUAUUGGAAAUAUUCUUUUCAUUUGUGGUCUCGCAUGUGUGAUAGGUCUGGAAAGGACGUUUAGAUUUUUUUUCCAGAGGCACAAGGUAAAAGGUACUGUUUGCUUUUUGGGGGGGAUUUUCGUCGUCCUGUAUGGAUGGCCGAUUACGGGGAUGAUCGUUGAAACUUACGGAUUUGUGUUACUUUUCAGCGGCUUUUUCCCGGUAGCGAUAAACUUCCUUAGAAGGAUCCCGGUGUUAGGAACGAUCAUGAAUCUUCCCGGAAUAUACUCUGUGGUUGAUUGGAUAACGGGCGAUUCUAAAAGAGUAACUGUCUGACAUAAUGCAGUAAAAAUGAUAUCUACAUUCAAGUCAUGUUGUUAGUUUCGUAUUCCUAACCGCUAACGG